AUGCCGAUGGCGACGCGAGCAUGGCGUGCAAUGAAGGAGGAGAAAUCACUCCGUGACUUUAAAUCUCUUGAAAUUAUUGAUACGCAAAAAGGAGGUGUCCGUUUUCGUAACUCAAAUCUUACCGAUCUGAACGAGCAGCAUCAGGAACUCAAAAAAAGCUACAUGGAUGCACAACGCUCAAUUGUAAUGGAGAUAGUCAAAAUUGCUGCCGGAUAUGUCGAGCCAAUUGAUCAGUUGAGUAAUCUAACGGCCUGUAUGGACGUCUUUACCAGUCUGGCAGUAGCUGCUGUUAGCGCCCCUAUCAGUUAUGUCAGGCCUCGACUAAUCUCCUCUGAGGUUGAACCUCAUUUUCAAGAUGAAGAAGAAAUCAACGGCACUAACGAGGAAGAUGCUUGUUCGCCACCAUGUGAUAAGAGAGUUCGAUUAUCUUCAACGAAGGCUUCUCAAUCGGAC